GUUCAGUGGGAUCCAGACGGGAAGAGGUUAAUUUUCCUCUCAGACUCGGGUCUGCUGAGGGGGUAGAAAGACGCGGUACCAACUGACGGAGCACUCCGCUUUCUCUGAAUGAAAAAGCUGUGAGCGUGAAUCCGUAUCCCCUCCUCUCUCGGCUGAGGUUCGCACCAGGACCCGCGCGUCAGCGGAGCAGCAGCGGAGGCGAAACGUGGGGGGAGUGAUGGGAAAGUUGCGCUGAUCCCGCGUCCGAUCCGGUGGAUGAGAGCGAGCCCAGAGAGCAAGAGAGAGAGAGAGGACGCGAAAGUUUCCGAUCCCCAAAGUGACAGAUCCGAAGCUGGACUCGCAUAAUGUGACUGUGGACUACAGAUCGCUUCACUCGGUUUGGAUUUAUAAACUUCUGCUGCGGAUUUACAAGCUUGUUUUGUUAGGUCUCUGCACUUAAAGAGAGGUGAAUGACUUCAGCGAGAUCGCCUGGCUGAUCAGCGACGGGAUGAACCCAAAUGAAGGAUAAGAGUUCUGCUCCGAAACUCCUGCAUAGUUCCUAUUUUGUUCCCACUUGGGCCGAACUUCGGGAGCAGAACAUGCGCUGAAAUACCGGAUUGUUUAGAAGUGCUUCUGCGUUGUUUUCCAGACUUCUUACACUUCUAUAGAAGAAGAAAAACUAAAGAAAGCCUCGUCCUGCUUUUGGAUUCAGAGACUGCAUGUCAUGAAGGAGUGGAUGCCUCAUUUGAUUUAUUAAAUCAUUUGGAUUACAUCAGAGCAUUUCUUAUCGGAGAGACGCUGAAUGAUGUCUCCAACUUCCAUCGGAUUUGUACUUCUCUCAGCUUUUCUCCAUGUGUGCUCAGGAUCCCGGCUGCGCCAAGAGGACACCCCACCUAGGAUUGUAGAGCACCCAUCGGACCUGAUCGUGUCCAAAGGGGAGCCUGCCACUCUCAACUGUAAGGCGGAGGGGUGGCCAACUCCCACGGUGGAGUGGUACAAAGAUGGUGAGCGGGUGGAAACAGACAGGGACAAUCCCCGUUCCCAGCGCAUGAUUCUUCCCAGCGGCUCCCUUUUCUUCCUUCGCAUUGUCCACGGACGACGGAGCAAGCCGGACGAAGGUUCCUAUGUCUGCGUUGCUCGCAACUACCUGGGAGAGGCAGUGAGCCACAAUGCCUCGCUGGAAGUAGCAAUUCUAAGAGAUGACUUCAGGCAAAACCCUGCAGAUGUGAUUGUUGCAGCUGGAGAACCUGCUGUCCUGGAAUGUCAGCCUCCACGUGGUCACCCUGAACCCACCAUAUCAUGGAAAAAAGAUGGUGUGAAUAUCGACGACAGGGACGAGAGGAUUACUAUACGUGGAGGCAAACUGAUGAUCACGAACGCACGCAAGAGUGAUGCUGGGAAGUAUGUGUGCGUUGGCACAAACAUGGUUGGCGAGCGUGACAGUGAAAUUGCUGAACUCACUGUGCUAGAGCGUCCAAGCUUUGUGCGUCGCCCGAGCAGUACGGUGGUUUUAGUGGACCAAAGUGUGGAGUUUAGGUGUGAGGCUCGUGGUGACCCCGUUCCCACUGUACGCUGGAGGAAAGAUGAUGGCGACCUGCCCAAAGGACGAUAUGAGAUGCGUGAGGACCACACUCUGAAGAUUCGCCGUGUGAUCUCCGCUGAUGUAGGGUCCUACACUUGUAUGGCGGAGAAUAUGGUGGGCAAGGCGGAGGCAUCAGCCACGCUCACCGUUCACGUUAUGUCUGUGCCUCCAGCAUUUGUGGUGAGACCGAGGAACCAGGUGGCUGGAGUUGGGAGGACAGUCACUUUCCAGUGUGAGGCCACGGGGAACCCACAGCCGGCCAUUUUCUGGCAGAGGGAAGGCAGUCAGAACCUUCUGUUCUCCUACCAACCACCACAACCCUCCAGCCGAUUUUCUGUGUCUCAGACCGGGGAUCUGACCAUCACCGAUGCAGAACGCUCUGACAUGGGAUACUACAGCUGCCAGGCUCUGAACAUAGCUGGCAGUGUGAUCACCAAGGCCCUGCUUGAAGUUACUGAUGUCGUGUCAGACCGCCCGCCACCAGUUAUACGACAGGGGCCGAGCAAUCAAACAGUGGCGGUGGAUGGAACUGUGGUCCUGAGCUGCGUGACAUCUGGCAACCCCACACCCACCAUCCUGUGGAGGAAGGAUGGCGUUUUAGUAUCCACACACGACUCAAGGGUCAAACAGUUGGACACAGGCGCGCUACAGAUACGAUAUGCAAAGCUUGGGGACACAGGCACCUACACCUGCAUCGCCUCCACUCCUAGUGGAGAGGCUUCGUGGAAAGCCUAUUUAGAAGUUCAAGAAUUUGGAUCUGUAGUCCAGCCAAACAGACCAACCGAUCCAAACUUGAUACCCAGUGCGCCUUUGAAACCCGAGGUUACAGACGUUACCCGGACCUCCAUCACCUUAUCCUGGAAACCGAAUCUCAAUUCUGGAGCCACGCCCACUUCCUAUAUCAUAGAGGCCUUCAGCCAUGCAUCGGGGAGCAGCUGGCAGACCUUGGCAGAGCAUGUGAAAACUGAGUCAUUUGUACUGAAGGGCCUUAAGCCCAGUGCGGUCUACCUCUUCUUAGUGCGAGCAGCGAAUGCCUAUGGCCUCAGUGAUCCCAGUUCCAUCUCGGAUGCAGUGAAGACACAAGACAUCCCUCCCACCAGUCAGGGUGUGGACCAUCGACAGAUCCAACGAGAACUCGCAGAUGUGGUCAUCCACCUUCACAACCCCACCAUCCUCUCAUCCUCUUCUGUCAGGGUGCAGUGGACAGUGGAGCAGCAAUCCCAGUACGUACAGGGCUACAAGGUGAUGUACAGGCUCUCACCGGAGGGCCAGCAGAGGAGCGACUGGGCAGUGUUUGAGGUCCGCACCCCCGGAGAGGACAGCGCCGUCGUGACACAGCUGCGGAAGGGCGUCACGUACGAAUUCAAAGUCCGGCCCUUCUUCAACGAGUUUCAGGGAACAGACAGCGACGUCAAAAUUGGCAAGACGCUGGAGGAAGCCCCCAGCGCACCUCCUCGCAAGGUAAUAGUCACAGAGAGCGGGAGCAACGGGACCGCCGUCGUCGUCUCCUGGCAACCCCCUCCAGAAGAGGAGCAGAACGGGGUGGUUCAGGAGUACAAGGUUUGGUGCUUGGGGAAUGAGACCAAGUAUCACAUUAACCGGACAGUUGAUGGGUCAACAUUGUCCGUUGUGAUUCCCAGCCUGACCCCUGGGAUCCGCUACAGUGUUGAGGUAGCAGCCGGCACCAGCGCUGGUUCUGGAGUCAAGAGCGAAACUACUUUCUUUCAGUUUGAUUCAUCUGGCCGAAUGACCGAAACCAUGGGCGAGGAGAACCCCCUCUCCCAGCAGAUCUCCGACGUGGUCAAACAGCCUGCGUUCAUCGCUGGAAUUGGAGCAGCAUGUUGGAUCAUCCUUAUGGUCUUCAGUAUCUGGUUGUACCGGCAUCGAAAGAAAAGGAACGGCCUCUCCAGCAGCUAUGCAGGCAUACGCAAAGUGCCAUCUUUUACAUUCACACCAACAGUGGCAUAUCAGAGGGGCGGAGAAGGAGUCACCAGUGCUGGAAGGCCCGGUUUGCUAAACAUGGGUGACUCUGCCACUCAACCCUGGCUAGCCGACACGUGGCCCAACUCCUGCUCCAACCACAACGACUGCAGCAUCAACUGCUGCACCGCGGGCAACGGCAACAGCGACAGCAACCUGGCAACGUACAGCCGGCCAGCCGACUGUAUCGCCAAUUAUAGCAGCCAGAUGGAUAACAAGCAGACCAACCUCAUGGUGCCAGACUCAGGAGUCUACGGAGACGUAGACCUGUCCAACAAGAUCAAUGAGAUGAAGACAUUUAACAGCCCAAACCUGAAAGACGGCCGCUUUGUCGGUCCGGGAGGCCAGCCGACGCCUUACGCCACCACACAGCUCAUCCAGUCUGCCAUCAUGAGCAACAACAUGAACUCAGACAGAGGGACCGGUGGGAGCGGAGGUGGACUUGGGAGUGGAGGGGAAGUAAAUGAGAAGCACUGCUGGAAACCUCCCGCGGUCCAGCAGAAACAGGAAAUGGGCUCCCAGCUUCAGUAUAACAUCUUGGAACAAAACAAACUGAAUAAGGACCGUUACAGAGGAGGCGACAGUCCAAUGCCCACCACCAUCCCCUACAACCAGACCCAUGAUACCCACACCGGAGGCUCCUACAACAGCUCUGACCGAGGCAGCAGUAGCACCUCCGGGAGUCAGGGUCAUAAGAAGGGAAUACGCACCCCCAAAAUCUCCAAACAAAGCACAAUGAAUUGGGCUGACCUUCUCCCUCCUCCCCCUGCAAACCCAGCCCCAAUGCGAAACACAGAGGAGUACACGCUUUCUAUGGAGGAAAGCUGUGAUCAUGACAUGCAGUGCCCCAUGCCCCCCUCUCACAUGUACCUGCAGCCUGAUGAGCUGGAGGAGGAAGAGGAGAUGGAGAGGGGUCCGACUCCUCCCGUACGUGGGGCAGCCUCUUCCCCGGCUGCUGUAUCCUACAGCCACCAGUCCACGGCGACUCUCACCCCCUCCCCCCAAGAGGAGAUGCAACCGAUGCUGCAGGAUGCACCUGACAGCCAUGAACGCAGACACCAUGGUGUGAGCCCUCAACACCCUUCAAGGCCCCUCUCCCCCUCACACACAUAUGGCUACAUCAGCAGCCCCCUGCCUUUGGACACUGACGGUCAGGAGGAGGACGAUAUAUUAGAAGAGGAGGAGGAGGAGGAUGGUGAUGAAACAGAUGCGGAAGUGGCUAAGAUGCAUUACCACCACACCCACCCCCACACCCACUCUCACCACCCCCAGAUGCACGCACGGAGGUUGCUACUACGAGGCCUCGAACAGACGCCUGCGUCCAGCAUGGGCGACCUGGAGAGCUCCGUGACGGGCUCUAUGAUCAACGGCUGGGGGUCUGCCUCUGAGGAGGAUAAUGUCUCCUCGGGGAGGUCGAGCGCAGUCAGUUCAUCGGAUGGCUCCUUCUUCACAGACGCAGACUUUGCUCAAGCGGUUGCUGCAGCUGCAGAGUAUUCAGGGCUCAGGGUGGCAAAGUACCCCAAUCCACAAGGCCAGGAAGCAGGAGGAGCUUCAGUGCGAAAAUACCAAAUAAACCACUCAGGCCAUCGUCCUGGCAGCCCAGUGUCUACAGAUAGUAAUAUGAGUAUGGCAGCUAUUCACAGGAGGCCUCCAAAAAGGCAAAAACAGCAUCCUGCAGGACAUCCAGGCAGCCAGCGACGUGAGGCCUUUAAUGAAGAUCUCCCUCCUCCACCCAUUCCUCCUCCAGCGGUGCUCAAGUCUCCCACACAUCCCUCCAAGGCAGCUCUUGAGGGUCGGGGAGUAAUUUCCCCCAAAGCAGGGGAAGGUCGAGACAAGCGAGGAGGGGGCUACCGGCCUCAGGAGGGCUCAGACCCCAGAACCAGCUCAUCUGAACGUAAAGACGCUCAGGACAGACAAAAGACUGCUCACGGAGGGAAAGGGAAUAAACCCGAGAGCAGCGCCGGCAACAAGGCACGACAGAACACAGGCUCAGAGGACAUACUGCCAUACAGCCGACCGCAGUUUCCAACAGUCAACAGCCCCAGGGAUCCAAGCUCCUCGAGCUCUAUGUCCUCCAAGGGCUCGGGGGGCCGGCGGAGAGGGGAAGGAGCACGAAGGAACCCUGGAGACAUGGUGGUCAACAACUCUGUAGCCUUCCACCAAGGAGAGGAGGAGCUGGAGAUGUUAGAAAGCUGAAGAAGACAGAACGGAAAGGAGGAACUGUUCAGAUUUUUCCCAGGAGUGGAGCACCAUUUUUUCUCUUACAAUUUUAAAUAUCUCAGUAUUUCACCAUCAUGUUGGCUGCCAUUAUACUGUAAUACAUCAUAUGUGUUUCUUUACAUCUGGAAAACAGACUAAUGUUAUCCCCCUUGCCCCAGCUUAUUUUUUUUGCCCAUUUUUUUUCUUUUUCUUUUUUUGUAGGAAAGUGUGAAGUUUUAAGGCUGAUGAAUUAAAAAAACAAAAACAAGUACGCAAUGGUAUAUUUAUGUUGAAUUCCAAUGCAAUAUGCAGGGGAGUCCUGCUUCAGACAUUGACAUCACUCAACUUGCCUUGACAACAACUUUGGAGAGCCCACACAGUGAGACGUUACUGUAAGAAAACAGCUGCAAACAGGAAGGGGUAAACUGUCUGUAAAUAUACGUGUCUAUGUAAUGUCUUCUUGUUUUGCCGAUUGUGGUACCUCAAAAUGGUCUUCCUUGGUUUUUGAAGAUCUAAUUUUAUUAUGCCAGUAAAUAAAAUAAUUUUAUCAUUUCCAUCCAUGUUGUAAAUUGCUAUAUUAUUUAGCUGCCCUCCAAAAAAAGUGCCACUUUGGGAUUGUUUUGUUUGUUCAUUUUUUGUAAUGCACUGUAAUGUCUGUGUUGUCAUCAAUGUUUAUUUGUUUUACUUUGGUUUUAAAAGCACAAUCACUAAACUUUAUUUUAAACCAUUCUAUCUAUUAACCGUUUUCGUCUUACUUGGAGGAAAAAGAAGUAAGACAGAAAGAGUCUAGUUAAUCAUGAUGAUGUUGGUAAGGUUUGCUGUUUACGAAGGCUGAGCUAGAAAUGAGACUCCACAUUAGCAUCGUCUCCCUCUCCAGUUCUGAUGCUAGCUCAAGUGAUAAAGACAGUUAAUGUGAGUCAUAGCUGCAAUGUAAAUAUCCUUUUCACAAUGACCUGAGAUCAGCUAUUGCACAUUAAUCAAAAUGGUUGUGUUGCCUACGAAUGCACUUAAAUGAAUGUCGAAUACAGGAAACAUGUCACUUUGGGAAUCUGGAGAGGCUUUAAUUGGGCAAGAAGUCUUUUUCUUCAUACCAAUGGGACUGGACUGUUUCAAGACGAAAGGGUGCUGUUGUUUAUUCAUAGGACAUCUGCAAACAUUUGUUUCAUAAAGUAAAAAACAAAAAAUGAAUAAAAACUUCAAACUAAAAA